UCCCCCCGCCCCGCCUCCCCGAGCUCGCCUGCCUUUCCUGCGCCAGCAGCGGUGUGUCACCGAGGCUGGGCUGCUGCCGGAGAGACCAGGAGUCAGCGCAAACACCCAACCAGUUAACCCGAACUGGCAUCGCAGCGGGGCUGAGGGGCUGCCCCGGCGAGUUUUAAACCUGAGUAACGUUUAGGUUGGAUCCCGCGCCUCUCUCAUCACCGCCCGUCGCCCUGAUGUCGGACUUCAAGCUCGGGAUCGUACGGCUCGGCCGUGUGGCCGGGAAGACAAAAUAUACACUGAUUGAUGAGCAGGACAUACCGCUUGUGGAAAACUAUGCCUUUGAGGCGCGCAUGGAGGUAGAUGCGGACGGCAAUGGAGCUAAGAUCUUUGCCUACGCUUUCGACAUCGGCAAAGGCCGCUGGGCAGGAAGGCCGUUGCAUGAGCUGCUCUGGGAGAAGCACAGAGGAGGCAUUGCACCCAGUUUUCAAGUCAUCCACAUCAACUCUGUAACAGUGGACAACCGGCUAGACAACCUGCGACUGGUGCCAGUGGGCUGGAGCCCCAAGCCAGAAGAGAUUUCCAGCAAGCAAAGAGAGCAGUCUCUGUACUGGCUGGCCAUCCAGCAGGUGCCGGCUGACCCUGUGGAGGAACAGUAUCUGGAGCUGAGCCGCACACGCUACUACAACGCUAAUGGGGAGCUGGUGGAGGAAGAGGAGUGUUCCUGCACCUACUAUGAGUGUCAUUAUCCUCCAUGUUCACUCAUAGAGAGGAGGCUGCGGGAGUUCAACAUCUGCGGUCGCUGCCAGGUGGCGCGCUACUGUGGCUCCCAGUGCCAGCAGAGGGACUGGCCCGCCCACAAGAAGCAGUGUCGUGAGCGCAAGCGGGUGCUGGCCCUGGAGUCGGAGCCCGAACGAUGAUCUGCCUUCAUCCUCGCCUGGGAGAGGAUGAGGGAGAAUGGGGGGACAGGGUUUGACUUAUGGGAGGGGAGCGGGGAUGAAGUGCAAAAUGGGGAAAAUUGCAGACAGGAGACUAACGACAGAGGACAAUGUUGGUUGCUUGAUUAUUUGAUGGAUUCGGGGGGAAAGAAGAUGGAGGAGGGGAAGACGAAUAAAGCAAAAAGACAUCUGCCACUUCCCAGAACUGGUAGUUCUCCAUAGCUUGCUUUUCAUGUGGAUGACGGAGAAAGGUAUUAUUUGUGUUUUUGUUUUGUUUUGUUUUUGUUUGUUUGUUUUAUUUUUCUUUAUUUUCCUCGAGGAGGGAGACCCUCGAGCUCUACCUGCUGCUAUGGUUUUGUAUGUGAGGGGGGAAAAGUUGUCUUGUUGAUGAACUGGACAAGCUUCUUUGGACCACAGUCAAACAUGGACAGUUGUCGUCAUCCACUUUUGUUCCUCUACCCAGCCGCUGGGUGUGGUGACGUCUGUGCAAACGGGGGACGCAGGGGCUACAGUUCCCGUCGUUCAGCUGGUACAAUGGGACAUGGACCUUUUCACUGUAUCGCUCCCUUUCUGACCUCUCUGGUGCGCACGGCUGCCGUCUUCAUGGUCAUCGACACCUUAGCCACCUCCCUGUCUGUUUUAAUCACCACACAGCCAACCGCGACACACAUCAGAUAGAUUUCACUGAUUGAACCACACUACCAAUAUUGUGUGUGCGUGUGUGUGUGUGCGUGCGUGCGUGAGUGCGUGUAUGUGUAUGUAUGUGUGCUGCCAAUAUGUACUGAAGGACAUUAAAAUGGUCAUGGGUUACGGCCAGACUAAUGUAUAUCUGUUCUCUUCUUAAAGGGGCCAUAAUACACAAUUUUAAAUUUCAUAUUUAAUCAUAAACUGGUGGGUUGAAAAUAUUUUCACUGUGCUAUAAUAAAGUAGCUGCCACGUAAAGGCGUUAAUUUUUUUUCUAGGAGUUUUCUCGACCCAUGAGGUUUUUUUUUUUUUUG